GCUCUGCCGCCGCUCUGACAUCCACAUGCUGCUCGGCCUGAAAAGGCGAGGGGGGAGCCGGAGGGGAGGCAGAGCCGGCGAGCGAGGCAGCAGCCUGCAGCCCGCCCCCAGCACAUCCUCCGACGCGCAGACACCCGGCCCCGCGCAGGGCGAGGUGGAGGUGAGGGCGGGCGCCAGCGAACUCGGAGAGGGGCUCGCUCACUCGCGCCGGAUCCCAGCCGCUGCCGCACCCGCAGCAGCACCCGCCGCCGUCGCAGCUUCCUGCCUCACACUCCCCUCCAGAGGCUGGCCAGGCGGGUGUAGUCCGGGGAGGCUCCCGCUAGGGGAACCCGGCGAGGACCACAGCGGGGCGGCCGCCUCCCACUCCCGCUGUCCAGCGGUCGGUGUCGUCGCCCGCGUGUGUGUCCCGGGUGUCGGGGGACGCGUGUCAGUUUGCGCCUCUGAGAUCACACAGCUGCCUGGGGGCCGUGUGAUGCCCAGGGCAAGUCUUGGCUUUGAUUUUUUAAAUCAUUACUAUUAUUUUACGCUUGGCUUUCGGGAAACCCUCGUGAUGUUGUAAGGAUAAAGGAAAUGACACUUUGAGGAACUGGAGAGAACAUAGAUGCGUUUAGGUUUUGAAGAGGAAACCGGUCCCGGCUUGCUCCCGCUUUGCUGAUUUCAGGAGCUAUCCUCUUAGUGAGGUGGGGAUUCCAGCCAGAAUAAAGGUGAAGACGGGCCGCCAGGACCCAGGAGGGAAACGCUGACCAUUAGAGACCUUUGCAGAAGAUACCGAAAGGAAGAAAAUAAGAAGGGAGGAAAAAACACACAAAGACUUCUAAUUAUACGAUAAUCCUACAAACCCAGCCCUGGAGAAAGACUCUCACUCAAAAAUGGAUAUGUUUUCUUUCACCUGGGUUUUCUUAGCUCUCUACUUUUCAGGACAUGAAGUGAGAAGCCAACCAGACCCACCCUGUGGAGGCCGUUUGAAUUCCAAAGAUGCUGGCUACAUCACCUCCCCAGGUUAUCCCCAGGACUACCCCUCCCACCAGAACUGCGAAUGGGUUGUCUAUGCACCUGAACCCAAUCAGAAGAUUGUCCUCAACUUCAACCCUCACUUCGAAAUUGAGAAGCAUGACUGCAAGUAUGACUUCAUUGAGAUUCGAGAUGGGGACAGUGAGUCAGCUGACCUCCUAGGCAAGCACUGUGGGAACAUCGCCCCACCUACCAUCAUCUCCUCAGGCUCCAUGUUAUACAUCAAGUUCACAUCAGACUACGCCCGGCAGGGGGCAGGCUUCUCUCUGCGCUACGAGAUCUUCAAGACAGGCUCUGAAGAUUGUUCCAAGAACUUCACUAGCCCCAAUGGGACCAUCGAAUCUCCUGGAUUUCCAGAGAAGUACCCACACAACCUGGACUGCACCUUUACCAUCCUGGCCAAACCCAGGAUGGAAAUCAUCCUGCAGUUCCUGACCUUCGACCUGGAGCAUGACCCUCUUCAGGUGGGGGAAGGAGACUGCAAAUAUGACUGGCUGGACAUCUGGGAUGGCAUUCCGCAUGUUGGCCCUCUGAUUGGCAAGUAUUGUGGGACCAAAACACCCUCCGAACUCCGUUCAUCCACAGGGAUCCUCUCCCUGACCUUUCACACGGACAUGGCGGUGGCCAAGGAUGGCUUCUCUGCACGUUACUAUUUGGUCCACCAAGAGCCACUUGAGAACUUUCAGUGCAAUAUCCCUCUGGGAAUGGAGUCUGGCCGGAUAGCUAAUGAACAAAUCAGUGCCUCAUCCACCUUCUCUGAUGGACGGUGGACCCCUCAACAGAGCCGGCUCCAUGGGGAUGAUAAUGGCUGGACCCCCAACUUGGAUUCCAACAAGGAGUAUCUCCAGGUGGAUCUACGCUUCCUAACCAUGCUCACAGCCAUUGCAACACAGGGGGCAAUUUCCAGGGAAACCCAGAGAGGCUACUAUGUCAAAUCUUACAAACUGGAGGUCAGCACGAAUGGCGAAGACUGGAUGGUAUACCGGCAUGGCAAAAACCACAAGGUGUUUCAAGCUAACAAUGAUGCAACGGAGGUGGUUCUAAAUAAGCUCCACACACCGCUGCUGACAAGGUUCAUCCGGAUCCGCCCUCAGACCUGGCACUUGGGUAUUGCCCUCCGGCUGGAGCUCUUUGGCUGCCGGGUCACAGAUGCUCCCUGCUCCAACAUGCUGGGCAUGCUCUCAGGCCUCAUUGCCGAUGCCCAGAUCUCUGCCUCCUCCACCAGAGAGUACCUCUGGAGCCCCAGUGCUGCCCGCCUGGUUAGCAGCCGCUCAGGCUGGUUCCCUCGUAUCCCUCAAGCCCAGCCAGGAGAGGAAUGGCUUCAGGUGGACCUGGGGGCACCCAAGACAGUAAAAGGUGUCAUCAUCCAGGGAGCACGUGGAGGAGACAGCAUCACUGCCAUGGAAGCCAGGGCUUUUGUGCGCAAAUUCAAAGUCUCCUACAGCCUAAACGGCAAGGACUGGGAGUACAUCCAGGACCCCAGGACUCAGCAGGCAAAGCUAUUUGAAGGGAACAUGCACUAUGACACCCCCGACUUCCGAAGGUUCGACCCGGUUCCUGCGCAGUAUGUGCGGGUGUACCCAGAGAGGUGGUCACCAGCAGGCAUUGGGAUGAGGCUGGAGGUGCUGGGCUGUGACUGGACAGAUUCAAAGCCCACAGUGGAGACACUGGGACCCACUGUAAAGAGCGAAGAAACCACUACCCCAUAUCCCAUGGAUGAGGAUGCCACUGAAUGUGGGGAAAACUGCAGCUUUGAAGACGACAAAGAUUUGCAGCUCCCUUCAGGAUUCAACUGCAACUUUGAUUUCCCUGAAGAGUCCUGUGGUUGGAUGUACGACCAUGCCAAAUGGCUCAGAAGCACCUGGACUAGCAGUACCAGCCCCGAUGACGGGACGUUUCCAGAUGACAAGAACUUCCUGCGACUGCAGAGUGAUGGCCAAAGAGAGGGCCAGUAUGGGCGACUCAUUAGCCCACCAGUGCACCUGCCCCGAAGCCCCGUGUGUAUGGAGUUCCAAUACCAAGCCACAGGCGGCCGCGGGGUGGCGCUGCAGGUGGUACGUGAAGCCAGUCAAGAGAGCAAGCUCCUCUGGGUCAUCCGUGAGGACCAGGGCAAUGAGUGGAAACACGGGCGCAUCAUCCUGCCCAGCUACGACAUGGAGUAUCAGAUCGUGUUCGAGGGAGUCAUAGGGAAAGGACGAUCAGGAGAGAUUGCCAUCGAUGACAUUCGGUUAAGCACUGAUGUCCCACUGGAGAACUGCAUGGAACCCAUCUCAGCUUUUGCAGGUGAGGAAUUUCAAGGGGGCACCCUCCCGCCAGGGACCGAGCCCACAGUGGACACGGUGCCCGUGCAGCCCAUCCCAGCCUACUGGUAUUACGUUAUGGCCGCCGGAGGCGCCGUGCUGGUGCUGGUCUCCGUCGCGCUGGCCCUGGUGCUCCACUACCACCGGUUCCGCUAUGCGGCCAAGAAGACUGAUCACUCCAUCACCUACAAAACCUCCCACUACACCAACGGGGCCCCUCUGGCGGUGGAGCCCACCCUAACCAUUAAGCUAGAGCAAGACCGCGGCUCGCACUGCUGAGGGCCGAAGCAAGAACAGCGCCCAAACAAACAAGAAAGACUGCAAACAUUGCCUCGAUUUUGCACUUUUUUCUCCUCGCCUAGUCUCUGUGUGAACCCUCAGACACCCCUCUCCAGGGUCCCCAGCUCUGAGCACGCUUAUUCAUCCCAACAAUUCCCUGUGGUCCUUGGGUUCCUGUUUUUCUUUGUUUUGUUUUUAAUCUUUUUUAUUUUUUCAUUUUCUUGUCUUUCUUUCUUCCUUUCUUCCUCCUCAUCGUCCUUUUUCUCGUCCUCCUCCUCUUCUUCUUUUUCAUUAUUCCAAAUAACAAAACCCAACUCUAAUGCUGCAUCUUGGAAUACCAGAAGAGAUCCGCCCCUAAGCACUUCACAACUCAAGGCUCAGCUGGUUUUGUUCCAGAGACUGGUUCUCUUGUUUUCUCCCCUUGCCUUAUCCCACCCCUCCUCUCGGUGGGCAGGCUGCCAGGUGUCUUGAGGGGAGCCUGGCUCUAUGUGUAUGUACAUAGUAUAUGCUUCCUGUGAAGAGCAGUGUGUGCGUGCGUGCGUGCGUGUGUGUGUGUGUGUGUAGUGUGUGUGUGAAGGAGAGACUGGCUCACUGUGGAGGGAGGAGUGUAUGGGUGUGUGUAGAGAGGGGCCCCUUCACUCUUGUGUUACUUCUCCUGGGGUACAUUUUACAAGAAAAUAAUAUACUGUACAUGUUUUAUUUACUUGGAGAAGAGAUUGAAGCUUUUUGUUGCCUUAUCUAGCUCUGGCUGGGUUUUUGUUGGCUGCCACUGUCAUCUCCAGGUACCUAGAAAAACAGGCCACAUGGAAUGUAUUGUGGCCCCACCCAUCCUCUUCCCCACCCCCAACCCACCAGACCCAAGAGGAUGGUUCCCCCAAGUGCACUCAGACAUGACACCCUUGUCAUGUCUCCUGGUGUCAUGGAAGUCACUAGCUAACAGCCAUGGGUGCAUGGAAUCAUCUCUACUUCCAGCCCUGAAGCAGAUGUGGCUCAUGUUGCCUUAAAAAAAAAAAAGAAAAGAAAGAAAAAGAAAAAAAAGAAAGAGAAAAAGCUCAUAAUGAAUGUUUAGCUCUGAUGGGUCAAGUCCAAUCAUGGAAUAAGUCAUAAAGAAUAAGUCAUCUGGGAUGAUAUAGGAAGUGAGUUAGUCUGUUUAAAUUGAGAGCAGGAGGGUGAAGACAGAAGGGAGAAGCUGGUAGGACCCAAAUGUUAUCUUUUCAAAGUCUCCUCACCUUGGGGAGCCAUUGGGCCCAAUGUUAGAUGAGGAUGAAGAAGGUAUUCUUUGGUAUUCUUUUGGUCAUUGUAAUAGCAUUUGUCAAGUAUGGGGGAAAGGGGAUCAUUUGCUUUCCUUUCAUGGUGUUAAUGUGUGCCUAAAUCUAUACUGCUAAAAUAUAAGGCUGUUCACCUGACUUAUUUAACUACUAUGAGAAAAUAGAAAAUAAUCAUUUGUAGAAAUGUACCAAUGUGCUACCCCUUAAAGCAUUCACGGCAUCUGGCAAAUUCAUCCUCAUGGGCUGGCCUGGCAUUUGCAGAUGCUAAUACAUAGGCAGAGAGAAGGUGCAAGGCUAAAGAUACAGCCAUUGCUUCCAAUUCGUUCUCCAGUUUGUCCUUCCGAUUGUCCAUUGUCCGAAGUAAUGAAGAGGGAAGGAUGUCAGAGAGUAGUUGCCUAGUGAUACUGUGCAAAGACUGCAUUAAAUAGCAAAGUCCAUUUCAUUGAUAGAAAGUAUAUAUUUUAAGAUUUCCAGUGUAUGAGGCUUAUAGUCUUGGGGGUGUUUGUUUUCUACUUUCCUGCUAGGAAUCCUCUACAGCAGUAUAAAAUUCUCUCCAAAGAUGGUUGCCUGGUCAGAUAACAUCUCCAGAUACCUUCUGAAAAGAAAAUCCUAAUUUUUGCACGGGUUGCUUGGGAGACAGCAUUUUAGCAUUCUUCCAGGGCAUUCAGAAGAUUUCCCCAGCACACUCUUAGCCUGUGCAUCUGGUUCGUUUCGUCCUCCUGAAAGGACAGUGCUCUCCCACUCUGACACUAUUUCAAAGAGCUACUCUGUCUCAAUCACAGCAGCUCUGCCCCAAUAAAAAGAAAGAAAAGAUGAAAGGCUAGCAUGUGGCUUCCCUGAGAUUUCAAGAGGUAUCCUACCCCAGCUGAAGAUAAUUUUAGUGGGAUGUGACAGUAGUUGUGAAUGCAGUUACAACCAUGCCAGUCACCAAGGGCUUUUUAUCAUGGUUGUUCACCUCCAGCUGAGCAUUUAGAGCCAGACAUUCCCUUCAAAUGAUUGGCAUUCCUGCAGGUACCCUGUGGAGGUAUCAGGAAACUACACCUAGAAAAUUCAGCCAGUAUAGCAAUAGCAAGUGGCUAAGUUACUGUAUCACCUUGACAAUUCCUCUUCUCUAAUAGAAGAUGGUAGCCACUUGGGUAACUUACUCUGUGCUUAUCCUAUGCCCCAUGCAGCAGCAUUUUCAUGUUCAUGUCAUUGAUGACAUAGUAAAUUCCAAGAUACAAUUCAGCUAGAGUUCUCCUGCCCUCUCUCUCCUGCUCCCCUACCCCAGCAACUUUCAUAGUAUUAUCUAAAAGGGCAGCUCUUCUGGAAAAUGCCAGGCCUUGCAGCUUUACAAAGCAAAACUCUCUAUCCCUUGGAAGGAGAAAAGAGCCACUCUCUUCUAAGAAAAAUGGGUUGAACAGAUAGAUGAAUGCAUGCAUGCACGUGUUUAGAGUUGCUUCUCAGAAGACAAAACAGUGAUACCAACUAUUAAAAUGUGAAUGAGUGGAUGAAUAAGGUGAAAGACUAGACGGGACUAGUAAAGCAUUUGCCUUUAUUAGAAGUCUCCUGACAACACCCCAGAGGGAAGGCCUCAUCUCUGGAUAAAGAAUCCUGUCUUUGAUAGUACAUUAGCAGCUGCCACCAUCUAAUUGCUGGCAAAGGAAAAAAAAAGAAAGAAAAGAAACAAAAUAUGUAGCAUUGCCAUUGACAAAACAGGAUGCUGAAAAUAAAGUGAAAUCAUCUUUUCCCUUGUCCCACAUUUUCUGGAUUAAAACCAGAAUAGGAAAUCCAGUCAUGUUUUUGAGGUUGAUACUCCAUCUUUUAAAAGAUGCUGUCUUUAAAAUAAAACUAGCAGACAAGCAAACACCUAAAAAGUCAAAAAUUACCAAAGAACAACAACAGAACAAGAAAACCUAAAGCUUUUUACUUCCUGUUUGUAUCCCCUCUCCCUAUAACUGUGACAUCCCUUGCAUUGCUCAGUUGCCUGUGUGUCAAAAUAACUUGUGGAUGUUGGAAACUACUUGGAAAUGUAUUGUGUGGAAUGUAAUAAAAUGAAGAUAUUUUUAUAUAAACAUC